ACUGUUCAGCAAAGGAGCUGUGGCAACUUGAGCAGACUAUACACGGUGGACUCACUGAAAGCAAAUGUUUGGAUUAAUUUGCAGCCUAUCCUCCCAAGCCGGCAGGAGCUAGUGCAUUAGAGAGGAAUAUACAUCUAUCCCUUAAAACAAAUAACCACACACACAAAAGAAACAACUGGCGAACUGCUGAAGGAGGGCAUAAGACAGACGCCUGAGCCAUUAUGACCAUCUGUGUUUCCCGGAUUCUACAAGAAUACAGUUGCUGCUCCUUGUAGGUCAUAUGUGCUAGAUGUGUGAAUGAGACACAUGUACAUCCAGUGUGUAUAGAAAAGCGGUGGGUGCUGCUAACAGGAAGAUUGAUCGAAUGAUUACUGCAGCAAUGGUUUAGGAUGCUUCCAUGGAUUCUUGUCUUGGAUUCUAAUAGGUGAAGAAAAAUGACUUUCACUGUUAUCAAAGCGUCAUUCUGAUCCUGUGCAGUUGGAGAUCUGACAGUGCAUCUUACAGUUGCUGGGUGCACUCUGUUUCUGGUCAAAACCAAAGGCAGUGGGGCUUUCCUAAUUUGUUUGGGUCUUUUUGUGUUCUGGCUCACACUUGACUAAGCACUUCUAUGCUGAAUCGAGCUAUUGUUUGGGAUCCCAGAGCUUUUCACGCUGCAAUCCCCUACCCCCUCACCCUCCUUGCCCGAGAAGCCACAUAAUGUGCCUUUCCUACACAUGAAUCUGGAAGCUAUAAGCUGGACUGAUUGCAAAUGAAGUGUAAUGCAUUGUGGGACGUGUGUAAAAAUUGGAUCAUUCGAGGGGGGAUAAAAAGGAACAGACCUGCAGUUUGCUUCACAGAAGAGGUAGUGACAAAAUGUUUGCAGAUUCUACCCAAGCUGUGCCUGUAGUAGACUAAUGAAACGAAGCCUCGCAAGCACCCCGUGAGGCCUGACUCAUGCCACUGCUGCUGGAGGAUUAGACUGCAGGUAGCCUCAAAAUGAAGAAGACACGGAGUACAACCUUACGGCGAGCCUGGCCUAGUUCGGAUUUCUCCGACCGGGCCUCAGACCGCAUGAGGUCCCGCAGUGAAAAGGACUACCGACUGCACAAACACUUCCCACCAGCUUUUAUUGCCCAGGCAUCACGGGGCUACAUGACAUCAGGUGAUGUUUCACCAAUCAAUAUGUCUCCCAUCAGUCAGUCACAGUUUAUUCCACUUGGGGAAAUCCUUUGCUUGGCCAUCUCAGCAAUGAACUCUGCACGAAAACAAGUCACACAAGAAGCACUAAUGGAACACCUAACAACCUGCUUCCCAGGCGUUCCAACUCCCAGCCCUGAAAUUCUUCGGCAUACCUUGAACAUGCUUGUACGAGAGAGGAAAAUAUAUCCAACUCCAGAUGGUUAUUUCAUCGUGACCCCACAGACUUAUUUUAUAACCCCAUCCCUCAUAAGAACUAACAGUAAAUGGUACCAUUUGGAUGAGAGGAUACCUGACAGGUCUCAGUGUACCUCUCCACAACAAGGAACUAUAACUCCCUCCACCUCAGGCUGCGUCAGGGACCGAACUUUACCCAAAAACCACUGCGACUCUUGCCAUUGUUGCAGAGAAGACAUGCACAGCAUGCAUGCGUCCACCCUACAGAGGAAGUCAGCAAAAGACUGUAAGGACUCAUAUUGCCCUCCUUCUCUGUGUCAGGUACCACCCACUGAAAAAAGUAAAAGUACUGUAAAUUUUUCUUAUAAAGCAGAGACACUCUCAAAGCCUAAAGAUGUAGAAAAGCAGUCUAAAAAAUUUGGACUAAAAUUGUUUCGGCUAAGCUUUAAAAAGGACAAGGCAAAACAGCUGGCCAAUUUCUCUGCCCAGUUUCCUCCUGAGGAAUGGCCCUUGAAGGAUGAAGACACUCCUACCUCUAUACCUAGGGAGGUAGAAAUGGAGAUUAUUAGGCGCAUUAACCCAGACUUGACUGUGGAGAAUGUAAUGAGGCAUACUUCACUAAUGAAGAAACUUGAAGAAGAAAAAGCUCAAAGAAGCAAAGCUGGAUCUUCAGCUCACCAUAGUGGGCGAAGCAAAAAGAGUAGGAAUCACAGAAAGUCUCAUGGAAAAUCUCGGUCACACAGCAAGACCCGGGUGUCCAAGGGAGACCCUUCAGAUGGUUCUCAUUUGGAUAUACCAGGUGAAAGAGAGUAUGAGUUCUACGAUCCCCUUACUAGGUCUCCACGGGAAGGCUGUUUCAUAAUAGAACACAAAGGAGAUAAUUUUAUCAUGCACAGCAAUCCUAGCAUGAUUGAGUCUCACUUUCCCAUGACACCAGAAUGGGAUGUAUCUGGUGAACUGGCCAAAAGAAGAACUGAGAUGCCUUUUCCUGAACCUUCAAGGGGAAGCUCCCACUCCAAGGUCCAUCGAAGCCACAGCCAUACACAAGAUAGAAGGUCAAGGAACGAGAGGUCUAACAAAGCCAAGGAAAGGUCUAGAUCGAUGGACAACUCUAAAGGACCUCUGAGUUCUGCUACUUUAGGAACACCUGAAGACGUAGCUGAAGGAUGUAGCCCAGAUGACCAAACAACAAGCCAAGCAUAUAUUGAUGACAGUACCUUAAGGCCUUCACAGUCACUCAGCCAUCAAAGGGCUCUUAUUUCUUCUGCAAGCUAUAAAGAUGUGUGUGUACCCGAAAAAGUUAGUGGCAAUGUAGAAACCCCCAAUUCCUGUGGCUUAUUGGAACAAAUCAAGCCUACAGAGAAUUUACCAUUUUAUAGUGAGCUCAACUCCUGCACAACAAAAUCAGCAAUUGAUGAUUAUUUGCAAUGCAACACUUCAAGUGAGACUGUACUUACUGCUCCAUCACCACUGGGGAAAAAUAAAGAGGACCAUGACACAGUGACUUUAACAGAAGGAAUAAAAAAACUUUCUCCCUCAGAAAGACAGUCCCACCACAUAGCCAGAGAACCUGGGGUACACAAAGAGGAGUCCCCUAAAGGGCCAAGUGGUGGUCCAGUUGUUGCUGGCCAGACCCCUGAGGUGAUCGCAAAUGGGCGACUAGUUCAGCAACAUAACUCUGAAUCAAGCUGCCUGGACAAAAGGAAAGAAAUAUUUAGCAAAGAUACACUUUUUAAACCUCUGCACAAUUCACUCUCAGUGAAUAGCUAUCACAAGUCCAGUUCACCCCUACUAAAACCUCAUCAAAAGACACCCUCUGACACACUGCCAGUCAGAUGUGAGAAACUUGAACAAGCUAUAGUAACCUCAGUUACACAAGUUUUACCUGUUUCACAGAGACAGCAAGAGCCAGUUGGGAACCAGGAAGCCACCUUUGAUUAUUACAAUGUUUCUGAUGAUGAUGACUCAGAGGAAGGAACAAACAAAAAUGCCGAGGAAGAAAAAAACAGGGAUGAUGUGGGCACUAUGCAGUGGCUGCUUGAGCGGGAAAAAGAAAGGGAUCUGCAAAGAAAGUUUGAGAAGAAUCUCACUCUUCUCACCCCCAAGGAAACUGAAAACAGCAGCAACCAGAGAGCCACCCAUUCAGCUCGACUGGACAGCAUGGACAGCAGCAGCAUUACUGUAGACAGCGGGUUCAAUUCUCCACGUACUCGCGAGAGCCUGGCUUCCAACACUUCAAGUAUUGUUGAAAGUAACAGACGUCAGAACCCAGCCCUGAGUCCUGCACAUGGUGGCGCAGGUCCAAUGUUCAACUUUCGAGCAACUGCAGACCCUCCACCAAAUGAAGCUGAAAAGCUGCAGAAACCUGCUAACUGCCUACAAGCUUCUGUUACUAGUGUUUGAUAGUCAUUCUGCCUCAGCUCUUCUGUUUCAUCCUAUACAGCAAAGUUUACGACACUGGGACUGAUGUUUACAUCUUUGGAAAAAACGAGCAUCUCAUCCACAGUUUUGGUGUUUACUUAAACUGUGCUGCUAUGUAGGGACAACAAAAAAAACCUUUAUUUCAAGGUAUUGCUUUUCACAUUUGCAGCUCUGUAGCAACAGAAUAGCAGUAGGGAUAAUAUGUACACCUUUGCUUCACUUAAUUGUAACUAAGCACAUAUAUGAAAGUCUAGACACUGUAAGUGUAAUCUGCAUUUUCAAUGUCCAUGCAGUUGCCAACUCCAUGUAAAAAUGUGUGAUGCCCCCUGUGAGGGUUAAACUCAGCCACAGAGUUGAUCCUUUUAUUUCAGAAAUUGAGUCACCACUAAAAAUAAACAGCUAGGUCACCUUGAGGGAAAACAAAGCCAAACAUGACUAGUAAAGACCUCAGCUCUAUCUGUGAAUUAUUUAUAUAUCAGUCUUUUUCACUGUGAGUUUUCAUGACACGAUUUUGCAAGAAUCUAUAAAAGCAAGUCAAAAGAGCUCAUGUUUUUAGUAUGUGGGGUGGGUAAGGGGGAAUUGCUGUAUUUUAUUUUUUUUGUUUCAAAAGUAUAUGAGAUGCUUGUCUAAAACUUAACCUUCCAUAAUUGCAAACAGAGUUGUAGGCCUUUGAAUUCAGGUGAAAGGAGGGGAAGUCUAGCUAUGGUUGAGGCAAAGCAAAUAGUGACAGAAAAGGCAUAACAGGUUUUUUAGUAUAAAUCAAAUGUUUAAGGAAGGUGAUCUCAUUGGUGUGGCACGUCUGAUAUUCCAGCGUGCUGUGGAUGUAAGAAUCAGAAUAACAAAUUUGUUUGAACAAAAGAGAAGUUCUUUGUGAUACAAAUGACAAGCAUGGCCUGAAGAGUUGAUUUCUUUCUAAUGGAAGGACAUAAUUCUAUUUUAUAUAGCUUUUAAGUAGAGUGCCUAAAUUAGGCUGUUGAAAAUAGCGUGCAUUGUAUUGGUUAUCAAAAGAGAAAUUUAGAUAAUUAUAAACUUCAGGCCUUUUAGUCAAUGGGCGUUAUUUACAAUUCAGCUUUUUAUGGACAUGAAUAGCUUUUAAAAUUACUUAUGAGUUGAAAUUAAAUGAGUUCAUAUGGUUGAUCGAGAAAUCCUAAUUCUGCAGGUGUGGUGUAUCUUAUUUGUACUCCCUUAAAUUGUUAUUCCAAAGUAAUUUAUGCUAAAUUGAUUACUCCAGAGUAACUCUUACAGAUAUGCAAAUUCCACAAGUAAUUUGUAGGUAUAAAGGGCCAAGUUCUGUUCUGUUACACAUGCAAACACAUACUGCAGCAAACUGUCUCCAAAAGCUCCCACAUUUGCUAUUUUAUCAGAACUGGAAGAAAAAUGAACACAUUAAAAGGAUGUUUUCUUGGGACCCAAGUAUUACACCCAACAGUACAUAUUAAAAAUCAACAUUUUCUUAAGUUUCUGGUGACAUGUAUAACUUGUAUAAACCAUUUGAGCUUCACUCAUGUUCUGUAUUGUCAUCAGAAUUCUUUAGUAAAGAUAAAGGUGUAUAUUACGCAGUUGGAUAUAGCUUACAUACUUAUGAAAUGGCUUUAUAACUCUGGACACAAUUGGUUUCUGAUUCUGUCAGGUAUAUCCUACAGAACCUAUGUCUAUACUGCACACAUCUAACUGGUUUUCUUAUUUUUAAUGCAUAAAUUCCAUUUCAUCAGAGCAAUAAGACCUUUCAGUGCACAUAAGGGAAAUCAUUGUGCUUCUUGGUUGGUUAAAGUCACUUGGCUCUUAGCCUCCUGCCUUAUCAUGCCUUCCAAGCCAUGCUAUCAUGACCUAAUAAUAUUUUGCCUGUCCCAUCUUAUUGCUUAAAUAUGUAACUUCAGGAUUGCUUAUUACAUGCAGACUCGAGUCUUUUUUUGUGAGGUGUCAUUAUAUAUGAUACAGUGGCUGACUGUGAUUUUCGUUUCUGAGAUAUGCUCUGAUGUUAGUAGUAUGUAUCAAUUCAGUAAAUAAAAAUGUUUGGACAAUAUCUUAACUUAUAGCUGAUUAUCUGAAAAGUACAAAUUGCAGCAUUAAAAUGUGAACAGCAAAGACAAACUUUACCUUUUUGGGGAAAACAUUUUCUUCGUUAUAAACUUACUAAAAUGUAUACAGGUAGUUGACUGUACAAAAGACAUCUUUCCAGAGAAAUUUCAUAGUAUCUACUUAAAAACUGUAUGGUAUGUGAUUUCUGGAAGUUCCCAUAGACCAGCAGACAACAUAUAAUGUCAUAUUAAUGUUAACAUGGCAUACUACCUGUAUUAAUGUGAUUCUCAGAAUAUGGAAUGUAAACAGAAGUUUCAGGUAGAAACAUUCUGAUCUAGAAUUCUUUUUUUAAAAAAAAUCAACAGGGGAAUAUAAAGAAAUUCCGUUGUGAGGUUCUGGUAACAAAACCACAGGAGUGGAGCUCGAGUGCUUUGUAUCACCUUACUCCUUCAAUGAAAUCAUAGCCUUGUAUUACAUGGUUGCUUAUCUGUCAUUCUUCUUACAAUUUAAAGGUUUACAGAAUUAGAUUAGGUUGAAUCUCUGUGUUGUGUCAACUUUAAAGGGUCAACACGUCUGUCGGCAUUUUGCACACUUUAAUAUGUAUUAUUAUAAUACAACAUUUACUUUUUUGGUAAUUUUUUUUACAUAUAUAACUACCUCCAUGAAUUUGAUGAAAUGCAGCAACAUUAAAAAAAGAGUUUUGUAAAAAGCAAGGUUAAAAAAUUUCUGAAUCAUUAGGUCAUGGUGUUCUCCUGUGUGUCAGAGCUUGCAUGCAAAGUCAUUAUGUUUUCAUUGCCAUGAUUUCUUUUUACUGUAUUAAAUUUGGCUUUCAAUUUAAUAAGUUGAGAUUUUGAUGAGGCCACAUAAUUUUGUGAAUGGUGAACGGAAGCCUAAUACCUUCCAUUGUCUUGCUAUUAUUGCUAAAGUUUGUACCUGGUAGAAAGUCAAAAUGAUAAUUAAACAACGAGGAGUCCUUGUGGCACCUUAAGAGAUUUAGUCGCAUUUGCUGAUACAGACUAACAGGGCUACCCCUCUGAAAAUGAUAGUUGUAAUUUAGCAGAUUAUUAACACCUACAGUAUAUGAAAUAUGAUUGGCUGUUUGGAGUUUAACAGCAGACACACCAGGAAUUUUUUUGCCAACCUUCAAACUCUUUGGGUCCUAUUCUGCCUUCACUUAUGCCAACAUAUCACAUCAGAACUUCUCUUGAAUGGCAGGAGCUAUGUGCUAUCCGGCUCUCAUUUAAAUGAUGCGCACUUCAUUUUCUAAAUCCCGUGCAUCUCAGAUGCUUGCUUCCAUUGAAAUUAAUGAUAAAACUUCAAUUGACUUUUUUGAGAUUAGUAUCAGGUGUAUACAGAAGUGCCCAUCCUGCAAAGAGCCUGGGCAGACUUCCAAUAAAAAGGGGGUUAGCUGUACAGUAAUAGCUAAUUACAAGUUGCCUUUUUUUAAAACUAGAAAAUUUUCAAAAACCAAGGAAAAUAAUUGGAAGUUUAUGUUCAAAAUCUGAAUUUAUUCAAGCAUACAGAAUCCCAAUACCAUUACUCAGCUGUAAAUGAAUAUACAAUUGCUAGAUAGCCAAUUUUGCUGUGUAAAUAAAGAAAUAAAUUUUAAAAAGAGAGAGAGAGAGACUAGUACCCAUUUGACUCCGCAGAGCAAUGUAAACACCCACAUGGUAGAAAGUAAUUCUCAUCCCCAUUCAAACAGUAAAAUCUAUUUGAAAACAAAGCUUGUGAUGAAAACGUCGACCUUAUUGCUGGUGGUGGUAGUUUAUUUUUUGAAAAAGUAGGCUAUAAACAGUAUUUGGAGCCCAUCAUAUACUAUGAUGAUAUUUUGCACUUAUAUUUCAUGCCUUUUACCUGAGGAUCUCAAAGCGCUUCGCAAACUAUUAAUUAAGCCUCACAAACUUGUGAGGUAGGCAAAUUUCAUUACCCCUAUUUUACUCACUGACAUAUUGAAACAUAGAAAGUGACAUGUCCAAGAUCACACAGUCAACAAUGUGAUUAUCAGUUUCUUUAUUUCAUUUGAGUCAUGACAAUAGGUUUAAUGUUUUAAUAUUUAACCAAAGUGCUUAAUGUUUACACUAUAACAAUAUUCUUCUGAGGUGUUACAGUUAUUAAAGUACGAGAGAAACUACUUUAUAGUCCUGCACUGGACUUUGAUUUUGGAAGUGCCAAAAAUGUUCACAUUUCAGCAAUAGGGCUGCUGCCAGUAGUGGUUUCAGAAAAAAGCCAAUUUUAACUAAAAACUUGUUUUUCAAAUUCAUUUUACAGGGCUUUCCCCAAGGUGAUGCUUCAAAUUGCUAUACUGAGUAAGUGGAGAGUUUUCUUUUAAUCUAGUGUCACACCAUAGUUUACAAUCCUCUCUCUGCUCCUCUGAAGAAGACAAUUUAGUUUAAAGAGAAAUGCUGCAAUUUUUUACUUAAUUCCUUUAAACAUAUAUACUUAAAUGUUUCCCAUACAUAAUUUAAUUAGUCUGUAGUUUAUUCGUGCAUCAGAAUUUCCUGUUUAUAUACAACAUGCCCAGCUGGAAUUAUUGAAGUGCCACUGGUGUGAAAGGAGGAUGAGAUUAUCACCUUUUUUUAUUUUUUAUUUAUUUAUUUAUUUAUUUGGUAGCAGCAUUUCAAAUUUUACAUCAGUUACACAGGUGUAUAUCUGGAAUAACUUUACUGAUUUACACUGAGAUCAGACUCAGUCCUUAACUCCAUUGAAGCUUUGUUCUAAGCUGAGGGUUUUUGUUUCCCUUCCCUGGGUUAAAUAUGUAGAAGAGGCAGAAGGCCACUCACACUUGGAUUUGAAAAUAUGACUUUGUUUGAGUAAACAGGUGUUUCUCUCAUGCCUAUAUAUGAAAUCUGUAGUAAAAUGCACAGUCAGCAAGCCUCCUGCUCCCCCGCCUGGAUGCUAAUGCACAGCCAUCUGUUUUGCACAGUGGAAGGUCAAAUCUCUGUUCAGUAUAAUGCACUCAUCAAGCUGUACAGUGGAUAAGAGCCACCCAAAGGAUGCCCAUGUGAAAGUAUGAAAGGUCUGAACAGGGCUCUUAGAGUAAUUGGCACAGAUGUUACUUUUAUACAAAGAGGAGACUUAUGUUUAAAGGGAUCAUAAUUCUGCAGGUAACUUUCUGUGAGUGACUGAAUGUGACUGUCGCAUUAGGUUUAAAUGAGUUAAUAAAUGCAAGUGGGACUUACUGUAUGUUAGAAGGGAGUUUUGCAGCCAAGACUGCCUUGUAUAAAUGUGUUUGCACUGAAAAUAAAUUUUAAAAAUUACUUGGUCUCUGGUUGCUGUAAAGGUCAUCCAAGAUGGAUGUUCUGUUUAUAUUGUAUAGUAUUUCAUAUGAAAUAAUUACAGUUCAUAAAAUGUCUUCCCUAAUGUUACUGAUUUAUAACAGCACAUUUGUAACAUGGUUUUUAUUGUGUCAGUGUACCAUAUUGUAAAUGAUGAUUACUUGUCAUGCUUAGUAUAAUAAUUUAAAGGAGAAAAGGACAGGGAUUUUUGUAAGUCUAUAUAUUUGAAAGUCCCUUCAUAUGGUAAUAUUGUGUACAUGUUGUUUACGUAGUGUUGUGUGAAAUAUCCAUUUUGGAUUGUGUUACUUUUUAAGAUAUUAAAUAACAUUUGGUUA